AUGUCAGAUAAAGAAGAUUCUACCAAAAAUUUUGAUAAAAAGGUGCUAGAUGACGAAGCAUUAGAAAAACUGGCUGUUGAAGAGUUAAUGCGGGAAGCUGUCCAAGGCGCCGCCAGAGCCGAAUUAGUGGGUCCCUCCGGCUGGAUUAAAGCUCCACAACAAAAAACCAAUAAACGCUUCCUCGUCAACACGCUGCGGAAUGCAGUGAGCUCCAACAAAUACCAUCAUUCCAAAACCUACAAACGUUCUCUUAGCAAAUCACCAAAGCGUGAAUCCUACCCUAAACCCACCAUUAAAAAGGACAAAUCGAAGAAAAAGCACUAA